ACCGGACGCGACGGUGCCUAUUUUUUUUUUCCUCCCUCCAUCAUCAUCCCCCUCUCUCUUUCUCAGGAGAUGAUGCUCGGCUCAGGCACACCUGCUUUUCACCUCUCGGCUCAGGCUUAAGUGUCAUUCCUCCCGGUUUUCCGCGACCUUCGCUGCGGUAUUCAGACAGAGCUGCCUCAAGCAGAGAAGCACUGCCUCAAACAGAGCUGCCUGUGUCGGCGGUUGAUCCUCUUUAUAUUUUGCUCUUCCUCCUCCCUGCUCUCGGUGAGGGCUGCCGGGGAUGGAAGCCCGCGCUGGUCGCCUCUUCAUGGACUCGCUCUUGACGGCUAUUCUCAUUCGCGCUGUAUCUCAGAGGUGCUGACUGGAAAAACAUGCCGUUGAAAUGGAAAAGCGGUUCGCCCGUCAGCUGGAAAUUUCCCGUGCCCGUCCUUAAAACGUCCAGGUCCUCCCCACUCUCGCCUGCAUAUAUCCACCAGCACUCGUUUGUGGUGUGGACCACCCACUCUCUGCUUGCUGCAUCUCCAACCUAUCACCUGACAGGAUCACUGGUGGAGGAUGAUGAUGCUCAGAUGAUGAAGGUAUCGCUGGGAUGCAGUGAAAUGGGGCUCUCCUCCCACUUGCAGGCCUCGAAAACAGGAAAUACACGCUUCUUUACCAGCAACACACACAGCUCUGUGGUUUUACAGGGUUUUGACCAGUUGAGGAUAGAGGGCCUGCUGUGUGAUGUCACGUUGGUGGCGGGAGACGGGGAUGAAGCGUUUCCUGUUCACCGAGCCAUGAUGGCCUCCUCCAGCGACUACUUUAAAGCCAUGUUUACAGGUGGAAUGAAAGAGCAGGAUUUGAUGUGUAUAAAGCUGCAUGGUGUGAAUCGAAUAGGGCUAAAGAAGAUUAUAGACUUCAUUUACACCGCCAAACUCUCUCUCAACAUGGAGAAUCUACAGGACACCCUAGAGGCUGCUAGCUUUCUCCAGAUCCUGCCUGUCCUUGACUUCUGCAAAGUCUUUCUCAUUUCUGGGGUGUCGUUGGACAACUGUGUAGAAGUGGGGCGCAUCGCCAAUACCUACAACCUCACGGAGGUGGACAAAUACGUCAACAACUUCAUCCUAAAGAAUUUUCCCUCGCUGCUCGGCACUGGCGAGUUUGUAAAACUUCCAUUCGAACGUCUAGCGUUUGUGCUUUCCUCCAACAGUCUAAAACACUGCAGCGAGCUGGACCUGUUUAAAGCCGCGUGCCGCUGGUUACGCUAUGAAGAAGGCCGCAUGGAAUACGCCGCCAAGCUAAUGCGCAAUAUCCGAUUCCCCCUCAUGAGCCCAACAGAACUCAUAAACCACGUACAAACUGUCGACUUCAUGCGUACAGACAAUACAUGUGUUAAUCUUUUAUUAGAAGCCAGCAACUACCAGAUGAUGCCAUACAUGCAGCCGGUGAUGCAGUCGGAAAGAACUGCGAUCCGUUCAGACAGUACCCAUUUAGUGACGCUAGGGGGCGUGCUACGGCAACAGCUGGUUGUAAGUAAAGAGUUACGACUUUUUGACGAGAAAGCACACGAAUGGAAGGCACUGGCACCCAUGGACGCCCCGCGCUACCAGCACGGGAUCGCAGUCAUCGGGAACUUUUUGUAUGUUGUCGGGGGACAAAGUAACUAUGACACGAAAGGUAAAACAGCUGUGGAUACUGUGUUUCGAUACGACCCAAGGUAUAACAAGUGGAUUCAGGUGGCGUGUCUGAAUGAGAAGAGGACCUUCUUUCAUCUGAGCGCUCUCAAAGGACAUCUAUACGCUGUGGGCGGGAGAAACGCUGCAGGAGAGCUGGCAACUGUGGAGUGUUAUAACCCUAGGACAAACGAGUGGACGUAUGUGGCCAAAAUGAACGAGCCUCAUUAUGGACACGCAGGCACUGUUUACGGAGGAUACAUGUACAUUUCAGGUGGAAUAACCCACGACACCUUCCAGAAGGAGCUCAUGUGCUUUGACCCGGAUGCUGAUAAGUGGACUCAGAAGGCUCCCAUGACAACGGUCCGUGGCCUUCACUGCAUGUGCACAGUGGGCGAUCGUCUCUAUGUCAUCGGCGGAAACCACUUCCGGGGCACCAGUGACUACGACGACGUGCUGAGCUGCGAGUACUACAGUCCCGCCCUGGAUCUGUGGACACCGAUCGCGGCCAUGCUCCGCGGCCAGAGUGACGUGGGUGUGGCUGUGUUCGAGAACAAGAUCUACGUUGUGGGCGGCUACUCGUGGAACAACCGCUGCAUGGUGGAGAUCGUCCAGAAGUACGACCCCGAGAAGGACGAAUGGCAUAAAGUGUUCGACCUGCCCGAGUCCCUGGGCGGCAUCAGGGCCUGCACGCUGACUGUGUUUCCCCCCGAGGACCUCUCGCUCGCCGGCUCGCCAAGCCGCGAGUCUCCUCUCUCAGCUCCUUGAGAAUGGAUGGAGGGAGAGUGAGAGAGACAGAGGAAUCAAACGGACUGAUUGAUUGACAGACAUACAGAUGGAUGAGUAGAAGCAACUCCAUCGCCGUAUAGACGUGCACCCCUGUCUCUCUUGUUCUCUCUCUCUCUCUCUCGUUCUCCCUCCCUCUCUCUCUCUCUCUCUCUCUCUCUCUCUCUCUCUCUCUCUCUCUCUCUCUCUCUC